AAAUUGUCAUUUAUAUUUGUUACAGUUUUAAAAAUGAACUAUUUAUCAAACGGUUCUUUCAUACGUUAUGGAAAAUUGAAAUUGUGGGAAAACUGCUGUCGGCAAAUCCAUCCACCUACAAGUUUAAAUGAAAAUAAAUCUAAUAAAGCAAGAUCUUAUGCACAAAGGCGUACGAAAAUUUAUGGCUACACUCUCAAACUCAGCCCUUUGUUUACACAAGUACGAUUUCAGAAAGACUAUCCACGACUUCAUCGUGAUAAUGAGUUUCCAAAUUUCGAUUAUUAUAGGAAAAACGAAUUCAAAGAUCUUAGUAAGACAACAUGGGGGGCUGGUAAUAAAAAACCAGGAAUCACUUAUACAAUCGGAUUUUUUGGAUUGAUGUGUGCUACGUACGGUGUAAAAUCAGAAUUAGUUCAUUUCAUAACGUAUAUGGCAGCUGCAGCUGAUGUUCUCGCGCUAGCUUCCAUUGAGGUUGAUAUAUCAAAUAUUGCACCAGGAAUGUGUUUAUCUUAUAAGUGGAGAGGGAAACCUCUCUUCAUAAAACACAGGACUGAAAGUGAGAUCAAUGCUGAGGCAGGAACUCCUCUUUCUGUUCUGCGAGACCCACAGACGCCAGAACAACGCAUGAUCAAACAAGAAUGGCUUAUCGUUAUUGGUAUCUGCACGCACUUAGGAUGUGUUCCUGUUCCCAAUUCUGGUGAUUAUAAUGGUGGUUUCUACUGCCCCUGUCAUGGCAGUCAUUAUGAUAAUGCUGGUAGGACCCGGAAAGGGCCAGCUCCUUUAAAUUUAGAAGUACCCUCUUAUAGGUUCGUUUCUGAUAAUGUUGUCUUGGUUGGAGAGUGAAUUUUAAAAAUUUAUUUACACCUGCAUUUUUCGUGGAGGCUAUGGAGUAGGUACCUCUAUACAUAUAGAUGCAAAAUAUUUCAAGAUUUUUUAUUUAGAUAUCAAAAUAAUAUGAAGUUGGUCAACAAAUGUUGGCUUAGUCGUAU